AUGAGCUGUAGCUCCAAACAGUCCUCUAAAAGCUGCCUGCGAGGGAGCAGUGGUGGCAGUGCUAGCAGCGGUGGUGGUGGAGGGUGCAGUAAGUAUUCCUGUACCUCCUCAAGAAGAAUCACUUCUAGGACAAGCGGUGGUGGAAGGAUUUCUGGCAGCAGUUGUGGUGGAGGAAGUUCCAGGAGCAGCUGUGGUGGGGGAGCUAGUGGUGGUAGUUAUGGAAAGAUGAGGCGCAGUAGUUAUGGAGGAGGAAUGAGCGGUGGUAGCUAUGGAGGAGGAAUGAGUGGUGGUUAUUACGGAGGCAGAAUGUGCGGUGGCAGUUAUGGAGGGGGAAUGGGCUGUGGCAGCAUGGGAGCAGGCUUUGGAUCAGGUGGGAGCGGGUUUGGUGGUGGUUAUGGAGGAAGCUUUGCUGGAGGUGGUGGCAGCUUUAGCAGUGGUGGCUUUCGUGGAGGGAAUGUGGGAAUUCUCUCCAACGACGAAAAGCUGACCAUGCAGAGCCUUAAUGAACGCCUGGCUUCUUACCUGGAUACGGUCAGAAAUUUGGAAAUGGAAAAUGCUCAGCUGGAGCAAUUAAUCAGGGAGUGGUACCAGAAGCAAGGACCUACUUGUACAAAGGACUACAGCCACUAUUAUGAAAAAAUUGAAGACCUUCAAAAUCAGAUUGUGACUGCAGCUGUGGAAACCAACAGGGUACUUUUGGACCUGGAUAACACAAGGAUGACUGCAGAAGACUUCAGGAUAAAGUACGAGACGGAAUAUGGUCUCCGACAGAACGUGGAGGCUGACAUUAACAGCUUGCGACCCUUGCUGGAUAAUCUGACUCUGGGCAGGUCUGACCUGGAAAUGCAAUUUGAGUCUCUAAAGGAGGUGAUGAUUGACCUUAAGAAGAACCAUGAGGAGGAAAUGAAAUCGCUGCAAACACAGUCCAGUGGUGAUGUGAAUGUGGAAGUGAAUGCUGCUCCAGGAGAAGAUCUGCUGAAAAAACUGAAUGAUAUGAGACAAGAAUAUGAAAAUAUUAUUCAGAAAAACCGUGAAGAAGUUGAGAGGUGGUAUGAAAGCAAGAUGGAGGAAGUGAGUCAACAAGUCCACUCCAGUGGACAGGAGGUGGAAUCAAACAACCAACAGGUCUCUGAGCUGAGACGUGUCUAUCAGAGCCUGGAAAUUGAGCUGCAGUCGCAGAUCAGCCUGGUAAACUCUUUGCAAUCCAACUUGGAAGACACAGAACGUCGCUACAACAUGCAGCUGCAGCAGAUCCAGUGUAUGAUCGGCCCCUUGGAGGAGGAGCUGGCCAGCAUCCGCUGUGAGAUGGAGAGUCAGAACCAGGAGUAUAAGAUGCUCCUGGGCAUCAAGACCCGCCUGGAACAGGAGAUUGCUCAGUACCGAGCACUGCUUGAGGAAGGGCAGCAUGAUAUUGGCAUCUUGCAGGGAGGAGCUGGUGGUGGAUCUUCAGGAGGAGGAGGUCAUGGAGGAACCAGCUGGUCUUCCGGAAGAGGAAGUAGUGGAGGAGGAAGCAGCUGGUCCUCAGGUGGAGGAAGCAGUGGAGGAAGAACUGGAGGAUCCUGCGGAAGAACUUCCUGUUACGGAGGUGGAGGAGGAGGGAGCGAAGGAAAAACAGGAGGUAGAGCCUGUGGUAAAACUUCAGGUGGAGGAGGUGGCAGUGGUGGAGGAGGAGGGGGCAAAUCCUGCCUCUCCCACUCUUCAUCUUCCCAGUCCCAUUCUGGCAACUCUUGUGAAGGCAAAGGAGGUGCUGAAAACCUGAAGCUCUGCCUGGAAGGGAAUAAAACAUUGGAGAGAGGAGCAACAAUGGAGGAAGUGUCCGAAGCCAUAAAAACUUUGAGAUCAGGGAGCUUUCGAAAGUCUGAGGACUGAUUGGCAAAACCAGCAUCUUCCACUGCAGGACCUCAGCAGUGGGCCUUUGGACCAAG